GGGAAGUCGGGCGCGGGGCCGGGCGCGCUCGGGUCUGGGUCCCGCCAGGUCGCGUCGGGCGGAGCGGCGGGAGCGGCGCUCGGGUGGUGGAGACGGGCCAGGGGCAGCCCCGCGGCGAGAGACAUGGAGUUCUCCAGUCGAGCAAGGCAGAGGCAUGCGCGGCUGGCUGGAGACCGGAGGGAGCAGUACCCUCACAGCCUGCAGUUUUACCUGGAGCCCCCCACGGAAAGCAUCUCCCUGGUGGAGUUUGAGAGCUUUGCCAUCGACCGCCUGAGGCUGCUUAAACUAAUUGAAAAUCUCGGUGUGAGCUAUGUAAGAAGUUCUGAUGCAUACAAAGUUAAGUUGGAGGCUGAGCUCCGGAAACUGAAGUUUCCCUACAGAGCUUUGGCUGAGGAUGAUUAUGAGGCAAGAAGAAAAGAUCAUAUCUCUCAUUUCAUACUUCGCCUUGCCUACUGCCAGUCUGAGGAUCUCAGGCGUUGGUUUCUUCAACAAGAAAUGGAUCUCUUCCGAUAUCGCUUCAGUCAACUAACUGAAAGUUUAAUGCAGAAAUUCCUGGAACAUGUUAACUUAUCAUUUGAAGCUAUUAGCGAAGAUCUGAAAAAUCAAUUGGCUAAUGAGCUGAGUGUGUCAACUCCUGGCUUCAGUCUGCCUAAAGUAAAAGAACAAAUGUUCUAUAAGGUUGGACUUGCAGAUGCUGUGGAUUUAUUUAGAGCCAGAAGAGUAUUUAUUAAAGAUGGCUUUGCCUUUGUGCCAUUUAAGGAGAUUGAUGUGAUAGUUUUGAAUAACUACAGGACAAAAUUGUCUAAAGCACUGGCGCUAACAGCACGAUCACUACCUUCCAUACAGUCCGAUGAGAGACUACAACCUCUGCUUAAUCAUCUCAGCCAUUCUUAUGUUGGUCCAGAUUACAGCGUCCAAAAGAACACUGGAAAAAUUUCUCUAGAGCAAAUUGAUGCUCUGUCUGUGAAGUCAUUCCCUCUGUGCAUGCGGCAGCUGCACCGAGCCCUCCGUGAGAGCCACCACCUCCGACACGGAGGCCGGAUGCAGUACGGGCUCUUCCUGAAAGGCAUCGGCCUGACUCUGGAGCAGGCACUGGAAUUCUGGAAGAAAGAGUUUAUCAGAGGAAAAGUGGAUGCAGAUAAGUUUGACAAAGGAUAUGCUUACAGCAUUCGCCACAACUAUGGGAAAGAAGGAAAGAGGACUGAUUAUACCCCAUACAGCUGCAUGAAGAUUAUCAUGUCCAAUCCACCAAGUCAAGGGGAUUACCAUGGGUGCCCAUUCCGCCACAGUGAUCCCGAGCUACUGAAGCAAAAGCUGCAGUCAUACAAGAUCCCUCCCAGUGGAAUAGCUCAGGUGCUGGAGCUGGUGAAGGGCAUGCAUUUCCAGCUGGCCUGUCAGAAGUACUUCGAGCUGACCCAUGAUGUUGAGGACAUUGGGUUUUCUUUGAAUCAUCCUAAUCAGUACUUUACAGAGAGUCAGAAGCUGUUAAAUGGUGGUAGAGAACCGAAGAAGGAAUUCAAUAACCCGGGAAACUUUCAACAAAAAAAUAACAGUCAGGAAAGCAUAACUUCAAGUUCUACUCCCACCUCUUCAAAUGCAAAAGCUGAUACAGAACUGGAAGGACUGGAAGCAUACUUCACUGAAGACUAAGCAGCUGUAUUAUUUUUGUUAUUUUUUCUUUCUUUUAUUAAUACCCUUUCUCUAGCUGAAUUUGUCCCUGUACUGAGGAAUAUGCACUUCACCACCUGGAAGACCAGAAGCAUUUAGUGCUUCGAGAAGGCUGAAAAAGUGAAAGAUAAAUAUUGAAGCUGUAAUUGCAACCAGUAUUUAUUCUUACUGCUUUAGGAAGCUGUCUUAUAUAGGGUAGGUUUAAGGAUGGGAAAUGAAACUUUCUUCACAAUUAUUACGUAAUUUUUUUCUGACUUACCUUUUUUUGGUUUUCUUCAAAAAGUUCAAAUAUUUUUAUCCCCUUUUGUGAUCAUUUUUCUAUGUAUCAACUAAAUAAAUAUUGCAAAGCAAAUUUUUUUUUGUAUUUUCUUUUAAACUAUAUUGGGAUGGUAAUUAAGUAGGAGUUCUUAUAAU